AAACCCGGAGUCGGGAAUCCUGGGAUAGUGGCGGAUCUGAAGUUGGCCUAUGUGAAGGCUGAGAAUCCCGGGAAACGGGGACCGAGAAGAUUGGAAGGUGGAGGAGCGAGUCCUAAGACUGGGGCUACCUUUUCCUUCGGGGGGCGGGGAAGGACAGAUUGCGGCGUCUGUUCUGAAGGAACUGGACUGAGAUAUGACCCCGGAGUGAAGCGUUAUUGCUUCCAUUCACCCAGUUCCCGGAAUUGGAAAAGCCACCGACCGUUCCAGAGGCCGAGCAGCUCUUUAGCGCUUUGGACUCGGCUGCCAUGGAGAUCACUGGUACCAGGAAAACUUAUAGGAGUAGCAACUGCUAUUGGGUCGGUUGGAGCCCAGGCGCCAAGAACAGUCGAAACGCGCUGCCAGCGUCCAACAGAUGAAUGGGGAAAUGAUUGUAACUCAGUGAGAAAGAGAUUAGACUUCAAGUCACUUAAGGAACAGCCGACGUCCCAGGGCACUGGCGCCAGGAGUUGUCACCCCACGCGUAACUGACAUGGCGCCCUCUUGAUCUGCGUUUCCGGGCGGGUCCUUCCGACUGCCCCCGCGGUGAUUCCAUCACUCUGCUUCCUUCCCGGCCUGCCUCGCGCCUGCGGCCGGGCUGGGCCAGAGCAGCCCAAGAUGGCCGACUUCGAGGAUCGGGUGUCGGAUGAGGAGAAGGUACGCAUAGCUGCUAAAUUCAUCACUCAUGCACCCCCAGGGGAAUUUAAUGAAGUAUUCAAUGAUGUUCGGCUACUACUUAAUAAUGACAAUCUCCUCAGGGAAGGGGCAGCACAUGCAUUUGCCCAGUAUAACAUGGAUCAGUUCACUCCUGUGAAGAUAGAAGGAUAUGAAGAUCAGGUCUUAAUUACAGAGCACGGUGACCUGGGUAAUAGCAGAUUUUUAGAUCCAAGAAACAAACUUUCCUUUAAGUUUGAUCACUUACGGAAAGAAGCAAGUGACCCCCAGCCAGAGGAAGUAGAUGGAGGUCUGAAGUCUUGGAGAGAAUCCUGUGAUAGUGCUUUAAGAGCCUAUGUGAAAGAUCAUUAUUCCAACGGCUUCUGUACUGUUUAUGCUAAAACUAUAGAUGGGCAACAGACUAUUAUUGCAUGUAUUGAAAGCCACCAGUUUCAACCUAAAAACUUCUGGAAUGGUCGUUGGAGAUCAGAGUGGAAGUUCACCAUUACACCACCUACAGCCCAGGUGGUUGGAGUGCUUAAGAUUCAGGUUCACUAUUAUGAAGAUGGCAAUGUUCAGUUGGUUAGUCAUAAAGAUGUACAGGAUUCAAUAACUGUUUCGAAUGAAGUCCAAACUGCCAAGGAGUUUAUUAAAAUCAUAGAGAAUGCAGAAAAUGAGUAUCAGACAGCAAUUAGUGAAAACUAUCAAACAAUGUCAGAUACCACAUUCAAGGCUUUGCGCCGGCAGCUUCCAGUUACCCGCACCAAAAUCGACUGGAACAAGAUACUCAGCUACAAGAUUGGCAAAGAAAUGCAGAAUGCUUAAAGGCUGAAUGUAGGAUUCUUCAGUAUGUGGAAAGAAAAGGAUUCAACGUGUGGUCAUAUGAUAAAUAAGUGAUUUAUAAACAAGAGUGAUAUUUUGCUAGGGCUUUCAAAGUUAAUAGGUUUUCUAGCCUCAUGGAAUACUGUUGAACCUAUAGCAUUGUCUUGAUUCUUUUGUGUUCUCUGCCUUGUAAUUUUCUGUUAUCAUUAUAUCUACUUGUAAAUUUUUUUUUUGUUAAUUUUGCUACAUUUAAUGUUGGAGAGAGAAAUCUAUCCUGGAGUCAUUUUGCUGUUUAGAAAAUUUUCCUAGCCAUGAAGCCCUGUUAUUGAUUUAGAUAAAGUAAUAUGUUCAGUACUUUUCUACCCUUAUCCUUCAAAGAACUUCUGGUACUUCAGUGGUUUUUACUUACCCACCAAUAGCAGUUAAAGAGGCUAUGCUAUAUAAACUAUACCUAAAUGGAAGACACAUGCAUCCUUCUCCCUCCAACUGCUUUGAUCAUCAUUUAUUAGCAUCUUAUAACUGUAGUUUUCCAAAGUUUGGAUUGGGACUUUUCAGGUCCUUUUGUGGGGUGUCGGGGCAAGGGGGGAGGAAGUUUUCUGGAAAUUCCAUUAUAGCCAGCUUCUCUGGGGAACUUGUUUUUAAAUCCAAAGACUUGAAAUUGAACCACAUUCCCUGCACAUGAACAUGUUUGCUUUCUUCCCUUCCUUCAUUGUCUUCUUCCCAUCUAGUACCAUUGUAGUUAUAGACAUCUGCAUUUUUAGAAGAGUUUUACCCAUUUAUUUUUUUUUAAACAUUUAAGAACUACUAACAUACUGUGGAUAUAGUAGAGUAUAAAACUUGAAAAAUGCAGAUGUUGAAGGAAUAAGUAUCUUGUGCUUUAAUACUUUGUGGCAGGAUUGUGCUAUAGCAAAUGAAUCAAACAACUAUGUAAAUCACAAACAAAAACUAAAAAUGAACCAAAGUGAAAAGGAUAACUUCCAGGCAGUAUCUUUCUAUUGUAACCUGUUAUUUAAGGGAAUACUAGUGAUUUCUUCUAAAUAGAUGUAAAACUUGUUCCAAAUUACUCUUCCUCAGUCCUGCCUGCCAAGAACUCAAGUGUAACUGUGAUAUAGCAACCCUUCCCAGGUAUAUUGGCAGGUAUGUGUGUGAGCUCAGAAUACACAGGUGACGUAGAUAUGAUAUGACAGCUGGUAAUGGUGGAUUCAUUUACAUUGUUUACACUCUAUGACCAGGCCUUAAGGGAAGGUCAGUUUUUUAAAAAAAACCAAGUAGUGUCUUCUUACCUAUGUCCAAAUACAUGUCAAAAAAGAAGGGUGUUUCUGCUUAAACUUUGUUUUUGCUCAGUAAUACAGUCAAGCAAGAGUUUGUUUCCAAGUGACCCAUUGAGCUGUAUAAGCAUUUUUGUUUAUUUCAAAUAAAAUAUAUUUGUAUUAUUUGUCAUUCAUACUAUCCAUCCAUACCACACUAUCUUCUGUAUCAGGUAGUCCAAUAGAAAUAUACCUGUUUUGUUCUAAAA